UCUUCCUCGAGUUAGUGAGCGAGCUAAUAUGUACAGCAGAUAAGGCGAUUCACCCUACAAGCUAAGACUUUUGAAAUGUAGCUGUCUGUGCCCCGUCUUAUACCGUCACCGGUGUUGAUAUGCUCACUUUUAAAGUGAGGCUAACUGGGUUCCAGGCAAACUAGCUUUCCAUUAGCUUUACUGAUAACGUCAAUAACUUAAUAUUUCGACAGCUGCUCGUAUGUAGUUUGAGAUGGUUCAGAGAGAGCAAAAAAUCAACGACAACGCCCUCUGCUUCUUAAUAACAAUAACUACUUAGAUUUGUAUAGUGUAUUUCAAGCGACACAAAGAAGCUCAACUUGACAUGGGGCAGAGAGAAAAAGAGACAACAACAAGACCUGAUAGGAGUUUGAUUAGUGACAAGACAACAAAAAGCAAUAACACUACCUGGUGGUGUGUAGCAUAUCACGGGACAGACAGAGAAAAUAUAACAAAAAUCAAACACCUUUUGGUACUCAACAUGAGACAACAGAAAAGAGACAACAAGAAGCAAUUAACAACACUGUUAGUGUGUAGUUAGAAAGGGGACAGACGUAGACAACAAAUAGCAAUAAUAAAAGACGACAAUAGCAGUAACAACGACCUUGUGGUACUUAAUUUGAGAGGGGAUCGACAGAAAAGAGACAACAAACAGCGAGAACAAAGUGACAAAGAAAAGAGAUGACAAAAAAAGCGACAACACCUUAAGGCCAUGGCCACCGGUGCCAAACAAGGCCCGGCCUUCAGCCCGGAGGAGGCCCACAAGAUUGUGGGUCAUCUACAGCAGCCCGCCGUCUUCUUGAACAUGACGCACGGCUGGCCCGUCCUCGGCUGGACCGCAGAGAACCUGCGCCGUCAUCUCGGCGACAGAGCUGUCCGAUUCCGCCUGGGGAGAAAAGAGGAGACGAACAUGCCUCAGUUUGAAACUCAGUGCUGCUAUGUGGACGCCAGCAUGUGUCAGUUUCUCAGCUGGCUGAAAGGUGAGGCGGGGGAGGACGUGGGCUCUUUCUGUGACUACCCCCGCUCUCAGUUCUGGGCCUACGCCGACUACAAGUACAUUGCCAGGAUGUUUGCGCACCAGCCCGACAUGUUUGAGGAUAUAAAGUGGGAGGCGUUCGGGUUCGAGGGCCGUAACGGAAAAGAGAGCACGCUGUGGAUCGGCACAGAGGGCGCCAACACGCCGUGCCACCUGGACUCUUACGGAUGCAACCUGGUUCUGCAGGUACAAGGACGGAAGCGCUGGUACUUGUUCCCUCCGGAGGACACGUCCAAGCUGUACCCGAGCAGGAUCCCGUACGAGGAGUCCAGCGUGUUCAGCCGCGUCAACGUCCUGCGUCCCGACCUCGCCAGGUUUCCCGCUUUCCGGCACGCCGGCGCGCACGUCGUCACCCUGCUGCCCGGGCAGGUUCUGUUUGUGCCCAGACACUGGUGGCACUACGUGGAGUCUCUUGACGCUCUUACCGUCAGCGUAAACUCCUGGAUCGAGAUGGACGACGACCACGUGGCGCGUGUGGGCGAGGCGGUGACUCGGACGGUGAUGUGCGCCGUGAAGAGCGCGCAGGGCGACGACGACGCCGUACGCUGGCUCAACCCCACCGAGGAGAGCAUGACAUCCCAUAACGACAACAUGCGCUACAUCAACUUGGCUCUGCGGGCCUGCGCUCAGCAACAGAAGACCAAACCGACCUUGGAAGCCAAAGACGCUCCCCGCCCGAAAAAGCGCGACUUGGCUGGCCGCAUCCCAAGCGACGUCCCCUUCGGACCGAGUCUACUUCCUGUCCCCCGCCUUCCCCGACCCCGCAAAGAUGGCGCCGUCGCUCCUUCUACGACAGACGAGGCGUCUGUCGGCACAGACGACCUUCUGGAGUGUCUGCUGCAUCCCGACGUGGUCGCCGUAGUUACCCAGCUCCUGUUGGACAAGCAGAGGACGUCGCCGUCGCUCUGAGAAUAGACGAUCUCUGAUGAGGUCACAAGCAUCCGCUCACCUUUAUGCAAAUGAGGCGGCAUCAAAGUGAAUGAUGGCUUCUAAGUUAGUGCAUCGCCUCCAAUAAUCUAGUCAAGGCAGAUGUUUGGUCGUCUUCGUCCGUUUCGCGUUCUUCGCCGUAAUCUCAUUUCAUGAUGUACACAUGCCCUAUUGCCUAGCAACCACGACAAACAUGGCUGGUCGUCGUCAUAAUGAACACACAACAAGGUGUUAAAUCAUCAGUGAGCCUCAGAUGCACUCGAGUUUACUUUACACAUCACAGUCGGGCACCGUGCCGCCCAUUAGAAUACAGUGCCAUGAAAAAGUAUUACAUUAGUGUGAUAAUCUUAAACAUUUAAGUGCGGAAACUAUGCGAAAAUAUACGAAUUUGAGAUACUUUUUCACGGCACUGUAGUUGUAAUUUCGGGGGGGUGUUUUUCAGACUUCUACACAGAAGUAAUUGAAAAACAAAAAAGUUGAAAAUGUGUGUAAAAUCUACAAUUAGCCUUUCAUGCUAACAAUUAGCAUCUGGGGAAAAGCGCCACAAAAAAUGUUCCCAUUUCUUUGCUCAUAAUUCAUUCAAAUCGUGAAGGCGGUUGCGGUUAAAGUCUGGUGUUGAGCUCCGCUUCUUGUUUGUUCUUGUUGAGCGUGUCUUUGCUGUCGUCGUCGUCGUCGUCGUCAUGGGCACCGCGUUGGUCGUCGUGGUCGCCGGCGUAGCUCUUGUCCAGUUGCUUCGGGUCCACGUACGUGUACAAGUGAGCCAUGAGCGAGAACGCCAUGAACACGGCCAGCAGCAGACCCGAGAACAGCAGGAACUCCUUCCACUGCACCAACACGCGCGCGCACACACACACACACACUGACCACGUUAGCGUGUAUGUGAUUUGCAGAUUUGUAAAAAGUGGAAACAAGGAAUAACACAACAGGAAUGUUUUAUUUUUUUAGAUUAAAAAAAAAAAUCACUUUCAUAGACAAAAUACAGUUUUUGUUUUUUUUAUUAUUACUGCACUAAGGUUAUUGUUUUCAAGAUAAAUGUAAUUUUACAAGAAUAAAUACUAAUUUUAUGAAAAUAAUGUCAGAAUG